AUGGGGAUGGCAUUGGAGAAGACCAACUGCCCGAGCAGGUGUAGCUGUCAGUACCUAGAAGUGAACUGCACGGGGCAACAGUUGCAGGAGUUCCCUGCUGCCAUCCCACUGGACACCAGGCAGCUGAUUCUGGCAGAAAACAGCGUCUCGUACCUGCCGGCAGUGGAAUUGAGCUUCUUGGCUGAUUUGGUGUAUCUGGACUGCAGGAAGAAUCUCUUGGGGGAUGACCUGGAUUUCACUUUCAUUGGUGUGGCCAAGCUUGUUUAUCUGGACCUCAGCUUCAACAACCUCACACAGGUCACCUUCACCACCUUCUCACACCUCCUCAGCCUUGUGGUGCUGAAGAUCUCAGACAAUCCCAACCUUGUGACCAUUGAGAAAGAUGCUUUCGCCAACAACACCUGGCUGAGGCACUUAGAUGUGAGCCGGACAGGCUUAACGUUCCUGGACACCAGCACUGUCCGGGACCUGCCCAACCUGAGGUUGCUGGGGCUCAAUGACAAUCUCUGGCACUGUAACUGUUCAUUUUUGGACUUCGUCACUUGGAUGACAGAGAGCAACCUUCAUUUUCCAGAUGUUGACAACAUCACCUGCUACACCCCAGAAAGCCUGCGUGCCCUGAAAAUGCCUGCAGUGGAGGCACAGCUCCACUUCAGCUGCCUGACCCAGCUACACAAGCGAGACUACAUCUUUCUGUGUCUCAUUGGCUUCUGCAUAUUCUUUGCUGGCACCAUGGCAGCCUGGCUGGCUGGCAUCUGUGCUGUCAUCUAUGAAGCCCACACUUCAAAAGGAGGAGAAGAAGAGGAAGAGGAGGAAGACAUGCGCUCGGCCGGCUCCCACGGCAGGCCGACGGGCCCGGCCCGGCCCUGCCCCCUGCCCGCCUGCGGGCGGUGCCGCGGGCAGACCCGGCCCCGGGCGCGCCGCCGCUCCCGCCUCCUCCCGCCCGCCGCGUGCUGCGCCGUUGCGUUGCGUUGCGUUCCUGUCCGCGCCGCGCCUGAGGGUGAGUGUGGGCCCGGGACCCCCAGCUCGCCCCUCCGGGAGCCGGAGACGCGGCGGGACGGGGCGGGGGGCGUGGGCGGAGCGAAUACGUGCUUGCGGCGGUUAUCCGACGGUAAAGAAAACAGCGAGCGCUGUCACCCCGCGGCAGCACUUUCCGUUUGCCCUCCGAGGGCAGGCUGA